GCCCUCCAGCCAUCAGGGAUAAAACUGCAGUCCAGUCCUUCACCAUCAUGAUCAUUACCAUGGCCUUCCUGUGGUUUCUGUCCUGCCUCGCCUUCGUCGGCGCAGCCUACGGCUGUGGAGUCCCCGCCAUCCCUCCCCAGGUGACUGGCUACGCCCGUAUUGUGAAUGGCGAGGAGGCGGUGCCUCACUCCUGGCCUUGGCAGGUGUCCCUGCAGCAAUCCAAUGGCUUCCACUUCUGUGGAGGAUCUCUGAUCAACGAGAACUGGGUGGUGACCGCCGCUCAUUGUAAUGUCAGGACCUACCACCGAGUCAUCGCUGGAGAGCACGACAAGGGCUACGGCUCCAAUGAGCAAACCCAGGUGUUGAAGCCUGCCCGGGUUUUCACUCACCCCAGGUGGAAUUCCAAUACCAUCAACAAUGACAUCGCCCUCAUCAAGCUGGCCAGCCCCGCCCGCCUGGGCACCAACGUGUCCCCCGUCUGCCUCGCUGGGUCUAGCGACAACUUCGCCGCCGGCAUGCGCUGCGUCACCUCCGGCUGGGGUCUGACCCGCUACAACGCUCCCAGUACCCCCAACAAACUGCAGCAGGCCGCUCUGCCCCUGCUUUCCAACGACCAGUGUAAGAGACACUGGGGCAGCAGCAUCUCAGAUGUCAUGAUCUGUGCUGGAGCAGCUGGAGCCACUUCCUGCAUGGGCGACUCUGGUGGUCCCCUGGUCUGUGAGAAGGACAACGUUUGGACUCUGGUGGGAAUCGUGUCUUGGGGAAGCAGCCGCUGCUCCACCUCCACCCCCGCCGUCUAUGCUCGCGUCACUGAGCUCCGUGCCUGGGUGGACCAGACCCUUGCUGCCAACUAAAUACUCCACCAACCCACCCAGUGCCCUAGACCUCCUGAGGACACCUGAACACCUAACCCUGUCCAACCUGGAGCUAAUCGAACCUGAAAUAAAAUGAAAUAUUUAAAAUUA